AUGGCAAUAAGGGAUUGCAAGACCCCAGGUCUCGAUGAAGGACCCGAACCAGGAUCACAAUGGAAGUUGGUAUUUGAUGGUGCCUCGAACACAACCGGACAUGGAAUUGGAUUCGUCAUAACCUCCCCAAUAGGGUACCAUAUUCCCUUCACAUCUAGGUUAUACUUUACUUAUACAAAUAACAUGGCAGAAUAUGAGGCGUGUAUCCUAGGGAUUGACGAAGCCAUUGACCUAAGAAUCAUGAUCUUAGAAGUAUAUGGAGAUUCAGCUCUCGUCAUCAAUCAAAUCAAGGGAGAGUGGGGAACCCAUAAUGCUAAGUUAAUCCGGUACCGAGACCACGUUCGGAAGAUGAUCACUUACUUUGAAGAGGUUACCUUCCACUAUAUUCCUCGGGAGGAGAAUCAAAUAGCAGACACCUUGGCCACUCUAUCAUCCAUGUUUAAGGUCAAGUGGUACAAGGAAACGCCAACUAUAAGAAUUCUCCGUUUGGAUGAGCCUAUCUAUUGCAUAGCCAUAGAGGUAGAAGUGGAUAAUAAACCAUGGUUUCAUGACAUUAAACAAUUUCUUCAUAAAUAG